CUCGAUCUGUCUCUCCACCAGCUCCCGGCAGCAGCAGCAGCAGCAGCAGCAGACCCUUGCGAUUCCCUGGUUCUUGCUCGGAUUCACCGAAGCAGCCUUGGAACUGUACAGGACUUUUUCUUUUCUUUUCUUCCUUUCUUUUUUUUUUUUUGUUGACAACUGCAGCAUGCAGACCACCACUGGGGAAUACAUUGAUAACUAUGAGUACUAUGAUGACAAUGAGACUGUCUGUGACUACUCAGAGUGGGAGCCCUCUUACUCCCUGAUCCCAGUGCUCUACAUGCUCAUCUUCAUCCUGGGCCUGUCAGGCAACGGCGUUGUCAUCUUCACCGUCUGGCGGUCCAAGUCUAAACGCCGUGCCGCGGAUGUCUACAUAGGGAACCUGGCCAUCGCUGACCUCACCUUCGUUGUGACCCUACCUCUCUGGGCCGUGUACACGGCGCUGGGCUACCACUGGCCCUUCGGCGUGGCUCUGUGCAAGAUCAGCAGCUACGUCGUGCUGGUCAACAUGUACGCCAGCGUCUUCUGCCUCACCUGCCUGAGCUUUGACCGCUACCUGGCCAUUGUGCACUCUCUGUCCAGCAGCAGGCUGCGCUCGCGGGGCACCAUGCUGGCAUCCUUGGGCGCUAUUUGGCUGCUGUCUGGCCUGCUGGCCGUGCCCACGCUGCUCUUCCGCACCACUGUGAACGACCAAAACAGCAAUCGGACCACAUGCGCCAUGGACUUCAGCCUCGUGACCUUGAACCAGAAGCACGAGUUCCUCUGGAUUGCAGGACUCAGCUUGUCCUCCUCUGCCUUGGGUUUUCUCCUACCAUUUUUGGCCAUGACUAUCUUCUACUGCUUCAUUGGCUGCACCGUCACGCGUCACUUCAACAACCUGCGCAAGGAGGACCAGAAGAAGAAGAGACUGCUGAAGAUCAUCACCACGCUGGUGGUGGUUUUCGCCAUUUGCUGGACUCCCUUCCAUGUGCUGAAGAGCAUGGACGCCCUGUCCUACCUGAACCUGGCUCCGAGCUCCUGCGGCUUCCUGCGUUUCCUGCUGCUGGCUCACCCCUACGCUACCUGUUUGGCCUACGUCAACAGCUGCCUCAACCCGUUCUUGUACGCCUUCUUUGACCUGCGCUUUCGCUCCCAGUGUCUGUGCCUGCUCAACCUGAAGAAGGCCAUGCAUGGCCAGAUGAGCUCCAUGUCGUCCACGCUCAGCGCCCAGACUCAGAAGUCAGAGAUUCAUUCCCUGGCCACAAAGGUGUAGAGGGCAAAAGGAAGGAAGGUGGAGCGGUGCUGCGGGACGGUCCCAGCUUCCACCAGUGGAACACUUGUGAAAAUACAGACUUUAAGUGUCCAUUGUUCAAAGCUGGUAAGAUGAGAUGAUGAACUUUGAAUUGCCAGUGCUCACAGUCAUGAAAUCCAUUAUAUGUGCCUCCUGCCCUGCAGUGAGAGGUGUCACCGGGUAGCUGGAGGCAGCUGGCUGAACUCCUUUGCUGCUCGGUUGAUCAAAUUCUCAGAGGAAAGGUCUAUUUUUCUUGUUUUGUUUUGUCCUGCUCUGCAAAAGUUCUCAUUUGUAUCAUGAAAAGAGGGCAGAUUUCUGAUUUUAGGAAUUGUGAAUCGGUUUUGCAUGUAAAUCUUUUUACACUGGAUGAAACAUAAAGCUGUACAGUAUUUUCAUACCA